CGUGAGUGCUUUCACAAGUGAUAAAACAGUAGUGGAAAAGUGUACUCCAUAUCUUGGAGAUGCGUUCUUUGAUAUUAAUUUAAAUACGAGAUUGACUUUGGUGUUCAUAUGUUCUACACACGAACCUAGAGUAAGGCUAAUCACGCUGCGAACACAAUUCUGCAGAGAGACAUAAAUUAUUCUUCCUUGUAUUUUUUCCCUAUCCACCACAUCUGAUAUAGUUUUAGAACUUUGCGACAUCUGUACUUUGCAGAAAGUGCUGAUCUGUUGUAUAAUGAAAGUUUUUGUGAAAGCCGCACUUCAUUUUGAAGUACACUCCUUCCAAUCUUGUACUUCUCCCGUUCAAGAGUGAAACAGACCAAGCGUAUUGAAGCAAGUAGCGGAUACUGUCACGUGGUACAGAUGUUUGUAUGAGAACAAGAUGGGUGACGCUAUAGAAGACGCUACCCUCUACAACUGCACAGCCAUGUUGUUGCUGCAGAUGGAUUCAGACACAAAUGUAAACUCUGUGUGGAUGCUGAACCGUAGUCAAGUGCUUGAUCUACUGGAUGCUACUUUGACAGAGGUAGAAACUUCUGCCAAAAGAACGGUGUUGCGUGAUUUUAUUUCGGAGUGCCUGUUCCCCUCACAGAGACCUUAUGAUCUGGCAUGGUGGCAGAAACUUGUGUGGACUGUAGUCUUUGCUGCAAUGCUUGUAGUUGCUACAGGAGGCAAUGCCAUCGUGAUGUGGAUCGUCCUUGUCUGAGAUACAGAGAGUGUCGAAAAGUAAAGAAGCCCUAGCUUCCCACCGUGGCGGCCCG